UCCAGCGAGACGAAGUCCUCAAUUUAUCGAAAAUACAUUUCUUCACUUAGUGAUGACGAAUUGAAGAUGAGUAAUCGCAGUUUUCGGCGGAUAUGGUCUAAAUACAUACCCUACGUUACAGUUAUGCAACCAGCGGAUGAUCUCUGCGAUGUCUGCCGUGGAAACGCAAUAUCGAUUGCGCAAGCCAAAGGUGUUACUGACAUUGAACGCGAACAGAAGCUUAACCAAUUUCUUGAUCACCUCCACAGAGCCCGAAAUCAACGAGAAUAUUAUCAAAGUUGGUGUAGAAAUACUGACCCUACAGCAGUCGUUCUGUCAUUUGAUUUUGCCCAAACCGUGCACUACCCUGUCAGUCCACAACAACCUGGUACAGCAUACUUCAAAGCAACCAAGAGGUGCGGAGACUUCGGAAUUACAGACGAAAAACAAAAAGUUCAGUACAAUUACAAGCUAGAUGAAAAAGAUGACGUUGUUAAAGGACCGAACUGUGUUGUGAACAUCCUGCAUUAUCACCUGGAAACCUACUAUAAAGACAUUGAAACACUCGUUCUUUUCUGUGACAAUUGU